CUUGGGCAGCGGAUUCUGAUAGCGCGCUUACGUCGAAUGCAUCAAAUUCACUUAUCCACAUUCGUUCAUCAUUCCUUUGUAUGGGUCGUAAGAAGAAAGUCGAGCAGGAGGUAUACCACGUCGAGGUCAUCACCAAAGCUCGCGUCAGUGAAGAAGGAGACUGGGAAUACUAUGUCAAAUGGGCAGGCUAUGACUCCGAUGCAGACACUUGGGAGCCAACACAGAAUGUGCUCAAAUGCCAGCGGCUCUUGUCCAGCUUUUGGGAUCAUGUUGGUUCUGACGACGACGAUUACUCCGUCGGAUACGAGAUUACGGCGAAGGACCAUUGGAUAAAGAAAGAGAAGGAGUUCUUCGCGACGCAGUUUGCAGAAGACGCAAAGCUCAAAAGUGAAAAGGAUACGAAGAAGUCACCUAUCAAGCAGACAACGAAGGCUCCAGAGCCAAAACAAGUCGAGACCGAUACUGAUGGGUCGGAAGAGUCCUAUACCCCUCUCAAGCAGAGGUCUCCAGUCCCGAAGUCGUUGGCUGGGCGAGGGAAAAAGCGUAACAAUGCACUCAUUAGCUCAGAUUCAGACUCUGAUUCAUCGGAGGAUCGCCCAUUGAAACAGCGGCGGAAACAGACUCACUCGAAGUCCCGGAGCACUACAGCAGACAAGGAACGCUCUUCGGCAGCCCCGGCUCCUAAUACAUCGACCGAACAACCAUCCCGUCCCCUUCCACCACCACCAAGGCCAUCGACGUCUUCUGCCAUACCAUCGUCGAAUGUACCUCGCCCACCCAAAAUACAGCCCGUCAGAACUCACCAAGAUCAAAGGAGCCACCCUCUUGUCAAGUCUAUCGAACUUCCCUCCAAUGCGGUUCAAUCCGGGAGUACUCUGUCAACGAAGCAACGUAUAGCAGCGGGAUCAGGUCCUUCUGUAGCACCCAAGCCGAAGCCACUGCAGACAAUUCCGAAACUUCUGACCGGUUUGUCGUUCAAGAAGAAACACCCUGAAGCAAAAGAUCCUUCGUCCACAACGAGUUCGUCCUUCAAGAAACCUUUCGAGAAUGAGCCUUUAUCAGCGGGUGGUAUACAACCAUCUGGUCCAUCCACUAAAGAGCCUUCGUCCACAACUAGUUCCUUCAAGAAGAAGCCUUUCGAGAAUGAAACUAGUUCGGCGAGCGAUGUGGAACCGUCUGGUGCAUCCACAACGGGUGUCGAGGCCGGCCCUUCCACCACAACGCCCGUCUGGGCUGGCCCAUCUUCAGCCACAAAGCAGACAAUAGAAGAGCCCUCUGCCGACUGGAAUUAUAAUGCAGAGAUGUUCGAGGCUGCAGAUGAAAACCCUUCCCCUCCUUCACCUGCACCUCCUAUUCAACAUCAACUCGCGAAGCCAGCUCCCCCUAAGCGAGCCUCCGAAAAGGCUGCAGACGAGUUUCUUCAAAGUCUUAGUCUUAAUAUGCCAGGUCUUAAUAGCCCUUUAGAGCCUUCAAUCAGCGAUGGCAACCAGGAAGUUGAUUCCUUCCGACCAAAGGCUUUCACAUCGAUGAAAACUUCUGUGAUGCCAAAGUUUGUUGUGCUUACUCGUAGAUAUAAAAAGUGUUUCUAAUCUUCGAAUAGGAUUCCCAAAAAGUGGAAAUGGGAAGGUGAUCUAUUUGUUGACUUUGCUAAGAACCAAGCGGAGAAAAUUUGUGAAGUGACGAUCAAGGACGCGACUGAUUCACGCGAUAACGGUGCUCGCAUGAGCUUCAUGAUGGCGCAA